GGGACUGUAGAUCUGGGCACAGGUCACAAACUAUCCGCGCUAUAAAGCGGUGGUCGCUUACGGUUUAUGUUGUGUGACAGCCCCGGGGAAAGUGGAGCGGAGGUCAUGCAAGAAAGUCAGGAAAUGGAAAACCAUGUGGAUCCCGCUAACCCUGCUGUGUUACCACAGAACCGUGACUGUUACAGCCCAUUGGGAUUAUUUGAGAAAUUCAUGGUGGAAACCCCAUUUAACACUUUGCCUGAUCCUGACCCCGAUGUGCAGUUUGUCUCCGUGCUGAAAUCUCCUCAUCUGAAAUGGCAGACUGAGCAUUCUGUGGAUAGCCAUAUUUCCAAAAAUGUGAAUGCACUUACUCUAAACAAUAACACAUUGGCCGAUAAGAUACGCUGGAUGAUGAGCAGAGUUAAAACUAAAAGAGAUGACCAAACUUGCAAGCUGCUGGGAUACUGGAAUGCAGAUUCCAAAGAAGUACAGGUACUGGAUGAGCUGGAGAGCUGUUCUGACCAGACGGGUCAGGGAGAUCACAUUCUCAUUCAGGAUGAAGAUGAUGGUGAUAUAAUGCGUGAAGAGGACAGAGAACAAUCUGAGGCAGACUUAACCGCUCUGCUUGAUACUAGACAGACAAGAGACCACCUACUGGUGUCGGCUAGGGCAGCAUCCCUUAAAGUAUCACCGCAGAAAAGAAAGUCAAAAGAAAGAAGGUGUAAAAGAACAAAGACACUCUCCUCUCUGGUCCUGGCUUCAGGAAAGUCACCUAAAGACAUUCGGAGCACCACAGUGCAGACACUAUAUGAUGUUCUGCUGAAGAGAGUUCUGGAGACACAAAAUCUUGAUGUGCACCUGGAAACUUUGGAAAAAUUGGCAGAGAAUGUAGAGAAUGAAAUUUACAACUUGUAUAAUGAUACUGGAGUGAGGUACAAAAAUAAGUACAGAAGUCUCCUAUUCAAUCUGAAAGACCCCAAAAAUAAGAUUUUAUUUCACCGUGUGAUACUUGGGGAGCUCACCCCACAAUGCCUUGUUCAAUUGAACCCAACAGAAAUGGCUGGACUGGAGCUGACAAAUUGGAGAAACCAGGAGAGACAGCAUACUCUGGAGAUCAUUGAGAGAGCAGAAAAAGAGCUCCACCACAAGCAACAGAUGACUAAACUCACGCACAAAGGUUUAAUCGAAAUAGAUACAGCACCAGAUCAGAUGUUUACCCUGGAGGAUCUGUCUGAUUCACCUUGGUACCGCCAAGAUUGUGCAAAUUCUGACAAAUCAGAGAUUAACACCACGGCUAACCAUAAGAGCCACCUUCUGGAUGUGAAUUGUCUCAUCUGCAUGGGGAAAAUACAACCUUCAGAUGAGAUGGAUCUCAGCCAGUUAAUACAGUUGACAUCACCAGUAAAAAUCACAUCGGAAAACAACAGCAUGGAUAAUCUUUCUUCACAAUCAGGAGAGACCACAGAGAACCUGAAAAAAUAUGCUGUGAGUACUGAACUUCAAGGGAUACCUUCUUCAUGUUCUGCUGUGUGGAAAGGAUUCAUUAACAUGUUUUCUAUAAAGCAGUUCAAAGUUACAGCAUACAAAGUGUCUGGCUAUAACACCCACCUAUGCCAGGAAUUACCAAAGAUCAUCACAAACAAUGGAUUAAUCUGUCCAGAAUCUGUCUGGGAAUUCAUGGAUCUUAUUUGGCCUGAAUGCACUAAGGAUAUGUGCCUGCUCCGAUUCUGUCCCCAGACCUCCAGUGAUUCUGUAUUCUGUAGCCGGCUUUAUUCCUACCUGAAUCGCAAACUCAAAUACGGAAUAGUGAGUGCAGACAACAUGGAAGCCUUUGUUAUUCCGCUGCCUGCAUGCCAACCAAUACCUCACAGACUACACCCACUGGGGGGGCCAGGUCUCGAUGAUGACCAUCCCCAGCUGUUGCUAGGCCUCCUUCUUCCAAACCAUCCAUCAUGGACUUCCUGUACAAAAAGAAGCAGGAUACAGAAAGAGGAGCUGGAUGUCCCCGAUGACAUCUUUUUAUCUAUAAUAGAUGAUAUGGAGAGAGAAGAGCAUCAAAUGGAGGAACAGGGGCUGCCACCUAUGUGGCUUCCCCCCAAAGAUCAGAGCUCUGUAGGUCAGGAAGUGUCCAUGCCAGAGCUGAUAGGUAGUCUCUGUCUGUUGGUAAACACACUUCAGGGGAUGGCAACACAGAAUAACAACAAUUUUAGCAAUGUGAUGACUGAUAACCAGCCUGAUCCCUUAACAGCAACAAGCCCUAUGUGGCCAAUUCAUAAUAUGACACCCAGUGUGCAGCCUCUUCCCCCUUAUGACACUAAUCCAGUAGCCAUGUCUGAUCCAUCAGUCAUGUGUGGUCAACCCUGUUUUUGGCCUUCUACAUUCUAACAUCAUAAUAACACACAAUACUUAAAAUAUUUGUCUUUGUUUAUUUUUUUGUAUAGAAAGUUUUGAACAGUUUUUUAAAAUUUAGGGAGGUUUGUAAAUAUAGUGUUUAGUUUUGAGAGCAUAUAACUGUUUUUAAGAUGUUAGAAUUAAAAUGACUGCUAUGUUUAAGACAAAAACCUUUCUGUAACCAGAUAACUUUAAAAAAGGAAAAAGUUUUUUAUUGUAAUUAAUGUUGAUGCUUGUUUUUUUGU